AAAAAGUUACUGCAGAACUUGAAAAUGAGAUCAAUCAAUAUAAUCAAAGGAAAUGGUAAAAAUAUUGCCUCUGGCUCUGUUUUUGUAUCUGAAGAGUCAACAACCGCGUUUCAGAAUUAAUAAAGAGAACCAGCGAAACAAAACAGACGUGACAGUAUCUGUUGACUCAACUCUCAAAAAACGGAAAAUCGAACGACUGGAUCUGAAUCCCACAAACAUAACUUAGACAGUCGCGAUUGUAUUAUUUUGUGUUUUUUCCAUGUUUCAGUAAAAGAUCAUUGUCGUGGACAUACUAUUGUGGCAAGCUACAUCGCAACUUAAAUCGUUGCCAUAAAAAGCUUUCUUUAAGGUUUUCGCUAAAGAGAUAAAUAAUCCCUCAGCAUAAAAUAUUCAUUUUCAAACAAAGCCCAUGCCGUCAAAAAGAUCGAUCGCCCAAAAGUUCAUUUUCGUAACAGGAAACUUAAAAUAUCCGGAAUCGACGACAUUUUGAUAACGUAAACAAAAUCGACGGAAAACAUGCUAUUUCAGUAGGCCGAUCACUUUUUUCCCACCUCGGCCUUGAAAGAGAUGAACAGUUUCAUCCCGCUGCAAGUGAAAAGGAGUCGACGAAUCCGCGCCAAGGACAGGUGAAUCAACAAGCUGUGUUAAAAAGGAAGGCAAUCAUCGGAUCACGUGACUAGGCCCAUGAUAUUGGCAUAAACUCCCGCGAAUUUCCAUUAUAUUGUAAUGUUGGUAGCGCCUCAAAGGGCAAAUGGGCGCCUAUUUCUUAGGCAAAUAAUAUUCUUUUUACGGUGGGCUACCCAGUCGCUGAGAAUUCAAUUGAUUUGGGGGAUUUGUGUAAUUACCUCGUUGGACGUAAAGCGAGCAUUUAUGGAAAACCAUCUUUCGCGCCAUCUGUGCGGUUUUCUUAGCAAAACAGAAAUUAGCGUUCAAGAAGUCAUCUUUGAUUCUGAGCUCUUCCUCGCCGGGAAAAACUGCACGGAAAAAACGAAAACUAUUUAACGAUUGAAAACUUUGUUUUGCCCGUGAAGUAAAAAAAGUAAAACGAUGGAAGCUGUUCUUAUUUCGGGUGCCCAAGGAUUAAACGCAGAGGGGCUUGAAGGAGGAGAAGGCGGCCGCAGAUAUCGACAUCAUUCAAUCGACGGCCGCUCUUGCACGUCUUCGACUUCACGGGGAAGAUACUCGCCUGAAGGAAGAUCUCCUCGAGGCCGUUUUAACAGCGAUCUCGGUACAGGCGCUUUCGAACAAGCCGCGAAAUAUUUACGUCCGGAUAAAAUAUCCGUAUAUCCGCUUCUUGCAAGAUCGACGAAAAGAGGUGGAGUACGGGUCAAAAUCAACGUCAGUGGAAUGAUUUUUGAAACCUUGGAAUCGACAUUGUCGCGCUUCCCCAAUUCCCUGUUGGGCUCGCCUAAAAAGCGCGAAAAAUACUAUGAUUCGAAGAAAAGGGAAUUUUUCUUCGACAGAAAUCGCGUGGCGUUCGAUGCCAUCUUAUAUUUUUAUCAAUCACGCGGAAAGCUGCUCAGGCCUGUAGAGAUUGACCGCAAGACCUUCUUCGACGAAAUUCAAUUUUUUCAGUUGGGAGAGGAUGUUAUUGAACGUUUUAAGACGAUGGAAAUGAACGUGGUUGAUCAAGAUUCAGGCCCGCUACCAGAGAACCCCAUCCAAAGAAAAAUAUGGCAAGUUAUGGAGUUGCCUCAUUCGUCCUUACCAGCGCAAAUAGUGGCCAUUUGGUCCGUGUUGGUAAUUUUAUUGUCCAUAGUAAUAUUUUGCAUUGAGACUCUGCCGCGCUUCCGUGAAAGUCGCAAUGACAAGAUUUCUGCACUUUACGGCUUAGAAAUUUUCUGUGUAGCCUGGUUCACUUUUGAAUAUGUUGCUCGUUUGCUGGCGGCUCCACAGAAGUUAAAGUUCGUUCGAUCGUUUCUAAACAUUAUUGACUUGAUCGCUAUAUUGCCAUAUUACAUUAUUCUGGGAUUGUCAGCUGGCGGGAGCAGUGAAACUAGCAAUACUUCUUAUGUCGCUUUCUUUCGCAUAUUACGGCUGGUUCGCGUGUUUCGAAUCUUCAAACUGUCCAGGCAUUACCGAGGAUUAAAGAUUCUCGGCAUGACAUUGAAGGCAAGUCUCCGUGAAUUACUUCUAUUGUCUUUUUUCCUACUCAUGGGAGUUAUAAUCUUUUCAAGCGGAGUUUACUACGCAGAGAGUGCUAAUUUUGGCAGCAUCCCUGAAGCAUUUUGGUGGUCUGUGGUUACUAUGACAACGGUUGGAUACGGAGACAAGGCGCCCACUACGCCAUGGGGAAAGGUGAUUGGUUCAUUGUGCGCAGUCGCAGGAGUGCUCACCCUGGCCCUGCCUGUUCCAGUGAUUGUGUCAAACUUUAGUUAUUUCUACAAUCUGGAUAAGGAGAAGAGAAGUUCAGACGACUUUGACCAAAUUCCUGUUACAUCUCAAGAACGAGUCUCAGAAACCGCUUAGGAUACGUUUCCCGCCAGAUGUUCCCGCCAAAUAGUGGCGUGAUUCUUCGUAACAGUCUACAUAGGACUCGACCCACAGCUUUACAGGCGACGCGGCAAAUAAUGUUUUAUUAAACACUCUUUGGAACUUUCUCCUUUAUUUAAUCUGAUUUAUUGUAAAAAAAGAUCGUCAGGUUUUUACAGACUCAACUGCAUACGUUUCACCACGAUUUUGUGCUUUUUAAAAGAUUUGAACGAAUUUUAAUGUAGUUUUAAACCUAGCUAGACUGAAUACGACAAGAAGCCUGACAUUAUGAUACCAUCGAAAAACACAUCGCAGUUUUAUUCGUACUCAAUGUUAUACAUGUCAUAUCUGAAACGAGCUUUUUCACUUCACUCGUCAAAGAAAAUGUAAGCCCUAAAUUUUAUCGCAAGGGAUAUCUUGAGUCUUUAUCAAUAGCAACAUUUUCAUUGAUCUCGAACCACUUGCUAUCAAGACAACACAACAUUUAUCAACAAGACGCACGUACGUGUGCUUAUCAUACGUAAAGAUAUAUCCGUAGCGCAGAAAAACAUGUGUUUUCUAAAUCUCUGAAACGAUUUCACCAUUUUUAACCAGAGAAUUUCUACGUCAAAUCGUUUAUCAAUGAGAUUUUGCGCCGUUCUACGUUACGAUAUUUUUACACAACCCAAGCUGAAAUGAAGGAGAAUUUUAAUGAUAAACUGUUCUGCAGUGGAAAAAUAUUCUGGCGAUAGUCCCUUUUCCGGUCAAUCAAAUUAUCCAUGUUUUUAAUUAAAAAUAAAGUUUAUAUAUGUCCCGCGAUUCUUAGCCGAAAAAUGUGGAUUCUUAGCUCCAACGAUCAACGUUUUGAGUUGGAUGAACUGAAUUCUGACUCAGUUUAAGAUUCAGGAUUGGUUUUACUGCCAUAGACAGAGAAGAUAGAAUCAGAGAGACUGGCUUUGCGGUGUAUUUCUGACAAUUAUCAUAAUCUCGCUUUGUUUCUUUGUUUUAGCAAAUUCCCCUCAAGACUACGUCUUAUUUUAUCCUUAAAACAAUAUUCUCAUAUGGAUUCGGUUAAUUUUCCAGCGCACGAUCUUCCGACUGAAUAAUUGAAGACACUUUGCCAAAACUCUACAAAUGCCAAUUAUCUUCAAUGCUUUAUUACUUUAGCAAUAAAAUUAAUUUUCCAACACAAGUCGACUUCCUUUAUGUAUGUUGGCCUGAUAAAUUAAGGAAAUGUCUCAGUCCAUGAAGGUUAGCUAGAGUAAAAGACAAUUUAAACUUUAAGGGAUGCAACAUUUUGUACAAAAUCGAACUGCUUGGUGCGAGAUAAUACAACAUAAUCCCCCGCGCUUCAAAACUGAUGCUUGAUGAAUUAUUGAUUUACUUUUGGUUAGAAACUGAAACAAGCUGUACAAGGAAGGUUUAAAACUAAAGGAAAGAGACAAGAAACAGCUGUGGCUAAUUUUUAUAGCAAUGUUCCACGUUCGUAAACGAGUACAUUUUGCUUUAAUUAAAGUUUUAAUAAAUUGUGAUGCAUGCGGGGUGUGGUAACGCCUCAAACGAGAAUUUAAUUUGUAGGAGUUUACUUUUAACAAUGGGAAAGCUUUUCAAUAAUUUAAAUCCCUUAGUUUGGAACCCAGAGUUUUCACGUUUCUCGGUCAGCGAUUACUGAGGUGAUUGAAAAGAAUGGGAACAAGAUUGAAUUUAGCGACAAGUUCAGUAUAAAGACGAGCUAUUUCAUGUAAUGGACAGGCGUGUUUUGAAAUUUGCGGCUGCAACCUAUUUACUUAGAUUUAUUUUCUACUAGUGUAGGAAUUCUUGAAU